CGGUAUCAACAUUUUAAGCGAACUAAGGAAGGAAAACAUACAAAUGUUUGCUAACUAGCUAUUUUAUUUUAUUCGAUUUUAUAGGUCAUUUCAUGUCCAAUUUAAAUAUAUAUAUAUUUUUGUUGAUCAGCACACUCAUUGACACGAUUUAGCAAAUUUAUAUUACAGAUUCAUUUCUACUUAACUAUAUGCACAGGUUAAAAAUCAGCAGUGUUCUUAUUGCCCGUGACUUUCAAAGGUUGAGCUCUUGCCUUUACUACCACCAUGAAAGGGCUGUACUACAAAUUGGGUGAAAAUGCUGCAGAGGCUAAAUUUGUCAUCCAGGAAACGAAUGUUUCCAGUGCCCAGGGUAACCACCAAGUCAAAGUGCAAGUAAAGGCAUGUGCCCUUAGUCCACUGGAUAUACAACUUGAUGAGGACCUAAAGUUUCAACGGGACCUGGUGCCAGUAGGGAGGGAGGUUGCUGGGAUUGUUCUCCAAGUUGGGCCUAAGGUGACAUUUUUCCAACCUGAUGAUGAAGUUGUAGGAAUUCUGCCCAUGGAUACAGAAAUGUCUGGUUUAUGUGAUACCAUCAUCAUCGAUGAACAUAAUCUUGUGCAAAAGCCAGAGAAGUUGAGCUGGGUGGAGGCAGCUGGGACGAUUCGGGAUGGACUGCGGGCAUACACAGCUCUCCAUACCCUGGCCCGCAUGGCAGCCGGGCACACACUGCUAGUGUUAGAUGGAGCCAGUCCCUUUGGUGUGCUGGCCAUCCAGCUGGCCCACCACCAUGGGGUUAAAGUACUGGCGUCUGCCUUGUCCCCUGAGGACCAGAAGUUCCUGGAGCAGCUGCGGCCUAGUGUCGCCAGAGUUGUAGGCAUUUGGGAUGCCAAGGUUGACCUGGUGGAUUCAUGUCUAGAAGAGACGGGAGGUCUAGGAGUCGACAUUGUCAUCGACUCUGGAGUGAGACUGCAUGAGGAGCAAGAGGACCAGUGUCUUCUGCCCUACAAACAUGACAUCAUCACCCUGCUAGGGGUUGGAGGUCACUGGGUUACAACUGAAAAUAACCUACAGCUGGAUCCUCCUGAUAGCCAUAGCCUCUUCCUGAAGGCAGCCUCUCUGUCCUUCCUCAACGACGAGAUAUGGGGGGCAUCCAGCGCCCACCAGGGAAGGUACCUCCACAUCCUGAAGGAUAUAAUGGAUAAGCUUUCCACUGGAACCUUUAGACCCCAGCUACAGGACCCUGUGCCAUUGUAUGAAGCCACCGUCUCCAUGGAGAUGGUGCAAAAGAAACAAGUCAGGAAGAGGUUGGUGAUUCAACUCUGAAGCGGACAGACCAACACACCAUUCCAAACGUAUUCGAAGAAGGGCAGGCUCAAAAAUACUGCCUCAAAUUAUUUUUCUUUUAAGUUUGAUUCCUAUGUAUUUGUGGCCAGUGAUUCCUGUGUAAUGUAAAUAAGUGUGACAUGUCCAUUUUUGUCAAAUUAAACAGAUCUACUACUGUUCGUUGCACUUGAGUGUAAUUCGAUUCAGCACAUGAAACGCAUGUCUUUUUUAAAUAAAAAGUUGAGCGAUUUAAUCCUCAAACAUGCA